GUUGGUCGGUAAAAUAAUAAAGUGACAUUUGAUUGUCAUUGGAAACGCGCGUCUGUUCGUGCAUGUUUCGUGUUAUUUAUUUUUAGGUGUACUCUUUAUAUCUAUAUUAUUUGUCCAAUUUUAUGUGUUAUUACUAAAUAAAAUGGCAGGUGUAUUAUUUGAGGACAUAUUUAACGUUAAAGAUAUGGACCCAGAAGGAAAAAAGUUCGAUCGAGUCAGUCGCUUACACUGCGAAUCUGAAUCAUUCAAAAUGGACCUUAUUUUAGACAUUAAUUCAUGGAUAUAUCCAAUGGAAUUAGGAGAUAAGUUUCGUCUAGUGUUGGCUACAACUCUCAGAGAGAACGGGUACCCUGACGGUGGUGAAUGGAAUCCUCUAGAAACUGAAGGAAAUCGUGCAGACAGUUUCGAAUAUGUUAUGUCUGGGAAAGUGUAUAGGAUAGAAGGUGAUGAAGCUGCUAUGGAGCCAGCAUCUCGAUUAGCAGCUUACGUAUCAUUUGGGGGUCUACUAAUGAGAUUACAAGGAGAUGCUAACAAUUUACACGGUUUUGAAGUUGAUCAACACAUGUAUCUAUUAAUGAAGAAAUUAGCCUUUUAGUUUUAUGUAAAUAGUCAAAAUGUGUAUAUAACAAGAUAUUUUUACAAAGGCUAUCUUAAUUUCAAUUAUUGAAAUAAAAUAAUGCAAUAUGCUUCACAAUAAAUUUGUUGAUAAAGCAU